AUGCGACCUAGCGAGGUCCCUCCGGCGGAGGGACCACCAGCGUUCCCAACGUUUCCGCUGCCGCCCGGCGAUAACGACUCCUCCACACCAGGUAGGCAGUACCCUGCAGGAAAUGGGCUCCAGUAUGCUGCUGCUGCACAAACUUCCUCCUCCGCGGCGCCUGUUUUCGUUCAGGAGGCGCACACCCGACGUGAGGAGUACGCCAAUGAGGCCAUCCAAGCCACCGCAGAGCACUGGGUUCAGGAGCAAGCACGGCGUGAGACAAGGAAGCAGGCGGCUAGAAUGGAAUCCGACUUUGUGCUCGGCGCGGCGGUAGGGGAGGAAAGGGAGGCAAGCGAAGGUUCCCUGGAAUUUGUGACGGGGCCACCCAGAUUUGUCGGGCGCGUCAUCUUGCUUCUAGCGGUGGGUCUCUUUGGCGCCAUCCCGCUCAUGUCUCCGUUCGCGUUAACGGUGCUUCUGACAGGCUGUGUUGUGACGUAUGCAGCGGAUUUUGCAGGAUACCGACGUGGUUGCGUGCUGGCGAUCAUAGGCACAACCGGAUUAUUUGGGGUGGCGCUUUUUUUGUCCAACUUACACGCUUCCAUUUCUAGUGUGGGGCCAUUAUGCAUGAUUUUAAGUUUGCUAGGAUUGCUCCUCAUGGCGGCCAUGGCUGCGUUUUUGCACUUUCAUUGGAUGCAGCUAUACUUCCCAGAGCUGAUUUGUUUGAUGGAGCGCUGCGUACUUGGGGUGACGCCGAUUCUGACGUUGCCCUCCUUGCUAUCCACCAUCACGGCUUUGGUCGGCUCCCGGCACGCCCCUGCGUGGUUUAUGGUGGCCAUGUGCGUGCUGCAUCGGUACUUCUACGGCCCGCUGGAGAGCAGCUUCCUCAUGCGUCGACGCCUGGUUCGGGGGGAGAGGGAAACUGAUGGCGCCUGUGAAGAGGAACCGACAGAGGAAGUGAAGUCGCUACAGGCAAACGGACGAGCUGAGGCGAUAACUUUUACGUUGCUCUUAGUCAGCCUCCCUUCCCUGCUCUACAUUUUUUUCCAGAGCAACUUCAUUGAUGCAUGGCUGCCGAACACGCUCAAUGCAUUUGGUAUGAUCUGCGGGCCAGUUGCUUACCUUUGCUUCGAUCCGAAGCGUAGCCUGUGGUUUCUGCUUCCGGAGAGACAGACGCUGCACCAUCGAAUUGGGUGUGACCCGCUUGGCGUACACGAGACCGUCGAAAAGUACCGCAACCCAUUUCUCAUUUUGAGCGUAGCAGUAGGUUUGCACUGGGCCAUCUAUCGCGUGCUUCAUUCCCGCUACAGAUUCCUCUUCAACGGGAUGCCGCCGCCGUUUAACGCUGUCUGUUUGACCUUUGCCAUGUACCUGGGAUUGUAUGCGGCGUACGCAGUAAAGAUACUACUGGAUGCUGACAAGCAGGGUAAAGAUACACGUUCCACCCGAUAUAUGGGUCAACGCGUAGCGUCAGUUGUAGCAGCCGCAUUGUCGUGUAUCUUCUUAGCAGUAAGUGCAGGUGUACCUGGGAUUUUCUUGAUUCUCAUGGUGCUCUGUGUGUCCUCCGUCAACAUUUUCCUGCUGGAUCGUGCGAACACCGGGCCAAUGCUGUCCUUUACCGUAUUUUCCAGCUUACUUCUUCUGUGGUGGAUGUACCGCAUGUUUUCCUUCAUUGUGGUGGACCUGCACGUACUUGGGGAGUCUACCACCGUCCCAACGCCUCUAGUGGCGAUGAGUGUGCUGUGGUGCUACGUGCUGAGCUGCGUCGCGUUUACAGUGUCCUUCUCCACGAACAAGAUUCCCUUUAUCUUGGCUCUCUUCGCCCACUCGCUGCAGGUGGCGUGGGUGGAGCACGUGUUGUACUCGCAGAAGGAGGAUAACGUCUACCCGGCGGUGCUGGUGCCACUUACAAGCGCCGUUGGCGUCCUCUUGGCCUCGCGGCUCUACAAGAACGAGACCCUCGGCCUCCACGAGGCCGCCCUCAUCGCGGCGUCCUACAUCGCAAAGCUGCUGACCUUUGUGGUGGAGGUGACGGGCUCGUACUACCUCGCGGAGUCCGCGGAGUCGGACAAGCGGUACUUCCACGCGAUUGAGAUUGGGCUCGCCUGGUGGUCGGCGCUCUUCGCAGGUUUUGUCGUUGUGGUGUUCGAGCUCAAGCGGGGGCGGCACCUGAGGAACACCUACGCCAGGCCGCUCACGGCGCUGUUUGUCGUCAGCGCCCUGGCAAUGACGGCGAGCACGGCGCGAAACUUUCAGCGCGCCGUGUUCGAGUUCUUCACGCAGACCCGCCUUGCCGACUCGAACAGCGUGCACGUCAUUUUGGGGACCUCGUUUCUCUUUUUUAGCCUUGUCACGUACCCCUUCUUCGCUCGUCAUGCGGGUUUGCAUACAUUCAUGUACCCGCUACGGACCAUGGCCCGCGGGGCGCUUGCGUUGGGUGUUAUUCUCCUCGUCACGCAACCCACACGAAUUACAGAGCACGGAGGUGAGGUUGAGUUUGACUUUGUCGACGAGGAUGUGAGUAGGUACUGUUCCGUCGCGGGCAUGAUGCUUCUCGUCGCGGGACGGCUUAUUCCAAUGACGUCGCUGCACUUUUCGCUCCGUGCCGUGUAUUGGCUCCUCACCACUGUCUUGCUUUCGGUUGGGCUCGCCAUGUACGUCCUUCCGGUACCGACGGUGUACCUCUUUGCCGGCAUCUGUGGCUUUGUGUACUUCUCUCUACUCACGCUGGACGUGGCACACUACCGCAAGCUGUCCUCCAACGAGGGGUGGGUUGUCUACGCCGUCUCCGUCUGUUUUAUGAUCUUUUCGUUGAUUGUCACUGGACGCGUGGACGUGCGGAAGUACGCGGGGGGCAGCCCGCUGCUGAUGUGGGAGAUUUACACCACCGGCCGCCGGCGGCAGCUUUCCGUGGCGGGAAUCACGAGCCUGUUUAUGGCCAUUGUGCUGAAGUUUAGGGUGUGCGGCAAAUCUCUCGUGCCCGACGCGCUGCCGCUCACGUCGGAGGUGAUUGAGCAGGUGGGGCUGCUGGUGAACUACACCACCGUCAUCGCCGUUUCCGCCUUGACGACGCACAACAUUUGGUGCAACGGCAGCGAGCCCGGGCUGCACGUCGCGACCUCCCUCUUCCUGCUUCUGCUAGCCGACGACGGGGUCCUCUUCACGGGACUAGAGCGGGGGCACUUCCGCUACUUCCCCGUGCUGGUUUACCUCCUCGGCGUGCUCUGGCUCUGCCUCCUCUACGACGCGUACGCCGCCUCGCAGACGGUGCUGGGCGGCGUUGUGCAGUGUCUGUGGUCUGUCUUCUACGCGCUGCCGGUCGUCCCCUCGCACGUCUCGCUGCUUCUGCUGCUGUGGUUCGGGAAGAGGCGAGGGGGCACGCCGACCUCCGGCGUCCUCGCCUUCGUUGCCCUCGACAUGCUCUGCCUGCUCUUCUCCGCCCGCAAGACGCUGCAGUGGAUGGCGAUCGUCGGCGUCUGUGGGCAGAGCGCCCGCCUGUUCGAGGCGCAGUUCUGGAAGAAGCGGCUGGAAACCGUCUUGUAG